AUGCCCGAGCCCUCUGACUACGGCCUGAGGCCCAACUCGCUUCCCCAUGCCGAUUUCAGCCCGUUUGGAGGCUAUCCUGCGUCGUCGUUCCCGCUCUACAUCGAGGACAAGGAGCCUGACGACUACCUCCACAACCCAGACCCCGUGCUAGACGAGGAGUACGACAAGAACAGGUUUCUCUACGACUUGAAGACCAUGGAUAGCAGGGCAAUGGCGGGAUUGAUCUCGUUCGUGGUGCUCUUUGUCGCGGCCAUGGCGUUGUUCGUGCUCUUCCCGGUACUCACAUUCUCAGGCAUCCUCAACACCCACGAGCCCGAGUCGUACGAGGUGUUGACCCACUACCACUAUCCGUUGUUGAGCGCCAUACGUACCAGCUUGGUGGACCCAGACACUCCUGCUGAGGCUCGCGUUCGUGACAGCCAGCGGGGCGAGCCAUGGGAGUUGGUUUUCUCGGAUGAGUUCAACGCCGAAGGAAGAACCUUCUACGAGGGCGAUGACCAGUUCUUCACCGCUCCCGACCUCCACUACGACGCCACCAAGGAUUUGGAAUGGUACGAUCCAGAUGCCGUGACCACUGCCGGUGGAACGCUUAACCUCCGCAUGGACGCAUUCAAGAACCACAACUUGUUCUACCGUUCAGGAAUGGUCCAGAGCUGGAACAAGUUCUGCUUCACCGAGGGCAUCAUCGAGAUUUCCGCCAGGUUGCCCCACUAUGGAAACAUCUCGGGGUUGUGGCCUGGUUUGUGGACUAUGGGCAAUUUGGGCCGUCCUGGUUAUUUGGCAUCCACAGAAGGUGUCUGGCCCUAUACCUAUGACCUGUGCGAUGCCGGAAUCACACCCAACCAGUCGGACCCCGAUGGAAUUUCGUACUUGCCCGGUCAAAGAUUGAACUCUUGCACCUGCAAAGGGGAGGCCCAUCCCAACCCAGGCGUGGGCAGAGGUGCUCCCGAGGUGGACGCUUUGGAAGGAGAAGUGUCCAACGGAAACGGAAGAGUGUCCCAGUCUUUGCAGGUGGCUCCCUACGAUAUCUGGUACAUGCCAGACUACGACUUCAUUCAGAUCCACAACAACUCCGUCACCACCAUGAACACUUAUACUGGUGGUCCCUUCCAACAGGCGGUGUCAGCUACCACCACCUUGAACACAACCUGGUACGAGCGAGGAAACUACACCCACAACUUCCAGCGGUACGGCUUCGAGUACUUGAACGAUGACGAAUCCGGCUACUUGACAUGGUUCGUAGGACUCGAUCCCACCAUGACCAUCCGCUCAACGGCCCUUCAUCCCAACGGCAAUGUGGGGUGGAGAAAGCUACCCAAGGAGCCCAUGUCGAUUAUCAUGAAUUUGGGUAUUUCCAACAACUGGGCCUACAUUGACUGGCCUGCACUCAUCUUCCCGGCAACCAUGAGAGUCGACUACGUGAGGGUGUACCAACCACCUGGCCAGACAAAGGUGGGGUGUGACCCCGACGACUACCCAACAUACAACUAUAUUCAGGAGCAUUUGAAUAUUUACCAGAAUGUUAACCUUACCACCUUUUCAGCCGGGGGCUACAAAUUUCCCAAGAAUAAGCUCACGGGAUGCUGA